AGCGGCAGUACCACCACGGUACCGCUCAAACUAUAACGUGAAAGAAGGUGCGUCGAUUUCGGUAUUUUUUGUGGGUGCCGGGUCAUUAUGUGAUUUAGCUAACGAUUUGGAUUAAUUUGCCUAUUUUCUAGGCGAGGUUUGAAUCAAAUUGAAGGCUAUGGAAAGUAGGCAUGAUACAUCAUCAUGCCUCGAAGGAAAACAAGUGACCGUACCCGGAGGACGUGACAAGGAAGGACGACCCAUAAUUUUAAUCACCAUCCCAUCAGACUCUCCUCAAAUAGAUGCCGUUCCGGCACUUCAGUACUUACUUUCUCUGUUCAGCAAAACUAGUCGAUCGAGAGGAUUAACGGUUUUAAUCGAUGCCAGAAAAGGACCUUGGAAAGUUGCAAGGUCAGUUAUUCGGCAAGUCAAUGCAGUCUUCGUACCGGAAGAACUAUCCAAGUUGGUAGUUCUCAGACCUGAUGCUUUUUGGGACAAGCAAAGAGUUGAGAAUUGUACUUCCUCAUCAAACGAUAAACAGGUCACAUUUAUACCGAGAUCCCGCUUGAACAAGUUCGUGGAUUUAUCUCAGCUUCCUGUUGAACUUGGAGGCCACUUCAUAUACAACCACGAGAAAUGGAUAGAAAACAGACAGAAAGUAGAGGAAUUCUAUUCCGAUUGCGACGUCACUCUGAAAGAGCUGGAUGAACUAUACCAGUAUGUUAUGGCGAGUAAAAUGUUACGACCUAGUCAAGUUCAAGAAGCCAUAAAUACCAGUUCCGACAUGGCCGAGUCCACUAAAAUGUUAGUCUUUAACGCAACCGAAACAGGUAAAGAACUAGUUGAAAAUAUAGAAUACGAUAGUCGAACGAGAAAAUUUGCUUCAGAAUCUUUCGAUACUUCGACUUCUCAGGAUACACUAGAUACUAUAAAAACAAUUGACGAAAUUAUAAUUAGGAUAAAAAAUAAGCAGCUACAAAUUGAAGAUGCCUGGAUAGAAAUGGAGAAGGUGUAUAUCGAUACCAAAGAUUUAGGUUACUUGGAAGAAGGAAUAGUCAAAGUCAUCAACUGGAUCCUAGGUCCAGCAGAAAAUCUUCUCAACUCUCACCAAAAAGUAGGUUAUGAUGUUCUCUCAGCCGAAGACCUCAGAAGAGAACACGAAGGCAUAGAACUGGGAUGCUGGGAGACGUACGGUACCUACGCAGAACUAAUAAAUAAGAUCAAUAGCUUUGCUGACAAUGAAUUUUUAUCUUUACAACACAAAGACUUGAUAUCUCAGAAAGACUUUAUGGAUUUCGUCUGUAAAAGUUUUGCAAUGAGGCUGGAGAGAAGGAGAAAUAUUCUUAUAACUUCUUUAAGAUUCUACAGGCUGGUUUCGGAAUACUUUGAUAGAACUGCUGAAGUUUUUGACACGCUAGUAAUGGGCACCAAGAUCACGGAGUUUGAUACAGCUGGUGAGAAGCUGAAACAACUAGAGGAAAACCAAAUAAGUUUAGACCAUGUAGAAGCAGAACUUCGGAAAGAAGGAGAGAAACUCCAAGAUAUGCUCUCGAUGUCCGUGAAAGACUGUCUCGGCCGGGAAAUUCCAGUUGAUUACUCAGAAGAUAUCGUCAACAUCAGAGAUGUCCUGGAUGCCACUGUAGCUAGAAAGAACAUCUUUUCAGAUAGCGUAGAGCUGCAGAAGCUAACUCUUAAGCAAGUAACCCAUAUUGAUAGUUACGAGAAAGAUACCGUGCAAGCUGUUCGAUGGUUGGAUGAGUUACUUAGGGUUAUGUUGAGGGACCAUGGCCAUGUUGGAUGUACAGUAUAUGAAAUACAAAGGCAGAAAGAUGAACAUGUUACGUUUCAAGAAACUGCAAAGGGAACGUAUAAUUAUGGCUGUCAACUACUAAAUGCCUCAUUGGUGCUGCGACAGUCAUGCAAACUUGCUCUUGAUGACCACGCUAAUCUCUACCAACGACUGAAAUCCUCUUGGCAAAAACUGCUGCACGUCAGCCAAGAGCAAAUGACGCGCUUACGAGUUUCAGCCGUAUUUCAUAGAUCUGUCGAAGAACAAUGUAAUCAGCUACGGGAUCUUCGAGAGGCUGUAGCCACUAUUCCAUUAAUGGAUUUGGCCAGAAAGAAGACUAGGGUGGAUUACUACUUCGGUAAGAGGGAAAAGUUGAUUGUGGAGGUUGGAAGGAUGGUGAGGCUAGGAAAAAUGUUGAGGAGCCGAUUGAAAGAACCCCUUUGUUUUGGAGAAAAAUUGCUGUGUUCACCAUCUUCGACAACCGAAGAGGAACUGCAAGACGUUAGCGACUCUGUAGCAAAGAAUGAAAUAGCAGUCGAAGCGAUUUCCGAACGCCUAUUCGAAAUCACUGCCUUGGCAGAGGAGCUAGACUCUGCGAUUCAAAGCGCUCAACAGGAUUGCUUAGUCUUCACAACUUCUAUUUCCACUUCGACUUCUUCGUUAAGCGACCAUAUUUCGCCGGACACUUUGAGAAAAGAGAUGGAGUUUCCGCCGCCGGUGCCUGAGAAACCUCCAAAACUCGAAGAUCUCAAAUCCGACGAAGAAUUCCUGACAGCUUCCGACACGACUCUUCAACACUCGCGCUCAUCCUCGUACAAUACCGCUUCGGAAUGCGAACAUCGCUACUCGCCAUGGUGGGAACACGGCAAAGAAGAUAUCGGGAAAGAUAUCGCCAAGGAAAAGAUGGUCUUGGCAGUAGGACUUCCGGAACUACCACUCGCGAAAGAAGUUCUCAAGCCCUCUCCAGAGGUUCCUCCUGGAAAAGUCGUUAGGGAGGUUACCGAAACGACUCAUUUAAAGGUUCAACAGUCGCACAGCCUCGGUGUCGCGUCGUUCGUGUUAACUUCGGAAACCGUACGGGACAACAAACCAGGAGAAGCCACGAGGAGAGAAGAAGUGAUUAAAGUAACUAGUGACGACGGGAAAGAGACAAUUAUACCUAUACAUAUCGAGAAUCGGGUGCAACUUGACGGGCAAGAGUUAGAAAGAAGGCUAAAGGAGUGCGGAGAUUGGAUUAGUUUAAAAAUAUUGGAAAUAACGCCAGAAUUAACAACAUUAGGAAAUAGUUUAGCAGAAGCUCUAGAUCUACAAAAGGCUCACGAUGAAGUUUUACGACAGCUACAGAAUAAACAGAGUCCAGUUGAGGAACUGCUUCGACAAGCUGACCAGCUCAUUGCCACUCAAAAACCCAGAGCAGAAGUCUACGCCGCCAUGGCAGAAUCCCUCGGCAGGGCCUGGAAAGACAUCAACUCAACCUUAGAACUCCGGAAGAUAAUUUUAGAUUUAAACGUGCUUUACCACAAGAGAGCUGAAGACUUUUUCGAAAAAAUGGACGCUUUGGAAGCUUCGUGCAAAGACAAAUCGAUACCAAUAGAGAUAGAUGCUGUGAAGGAUUUCCUGAUUUUGAUCAACGACCAAAGGAGGUCCUUGUUGGAGGCGUUAAUGGGUGCACUGCAAGCUGGGAACUCUUUGCUGGCGAAACUGAAGGAACUUGGAGCCGAAGGCACACUCGACUCGAGGCCCGAUCGAAUUCGAAAUUCUGUAAAGAGAGCGAUAUCACAAGUACAAGGCUGGCUCGACGAGCUCCACAUCAAACGACAAAUUCUAGAAGGGACUUUCAACAGCAGAAAGACCCAGCUAGAACAGUGUCUGGCUUUGGCAAUGCUAGCGGCCGAUCUUAAAGAACUGGAGGAUGCUCUGCAAAACAGAAGGGAGCUUUUGUCGAAUAGUAAUCAAUAUGGUGACUCUUCCUCGAGUGCAGAACUACUCCUCCAUGAACACAGGAAGCUCCUUCCCGAAGCUCAGCAGCUUCAAGAAAGAGCUCUGAAAAUUACCAAAGCCACCGAACAGCUCGUGGCCUCGGGCUGCUAUGCAGGAGAGCAGGCUUCACAACAAGCAUAUGCUAUUCUUUCCUCUACAUCCGAUUACCUGACGGAUCUUCAAAACAGGGAAUCACUUCUGGAAAGGGUUAUCGCUUUCUUCAGAACAUCACAAACGGUGUUAACCAAACUAAGUCAACUAGAAAUACAAUUAACCGCUACAGAACUGCCAAAAACUUCCCCUCAACUUGCUCAACUCCAUGCUCAAUGCGCAAAAGCUAUAGAAGAAGCCACAACAGCGCCCAUUGCAGAAGGAUAUGCCAUAUUGGAUGCAGCAGGUCGUGGUACGUUAGGAACCGAAGGCAUCAGGCAAAUGGUAGAAGAAUUAGAAAACAAGAAAAUUAUUCUCGAUGGACUUUGUACAGCUCAUAGAGAAGAAAACGUCAGAGUAAACGCUGCUCUGAAUCAUUUCCUAGAAAAACACAACGAAAUCUAUACAUGGUUGGUUACGAUUGCGGAAGCGUUUCUUCAGGGCCAUAGGGAUAUGGGAAGUGAUUUACCUCUUGCUUCAGACUUUUAUGAAUUACAUAACCAGUUGCUUAAUGAUUUACAGACAAAAGGUAACGAAAUUAACACUCUACUACUAACACUGCCCCCUAUAUUAGAAUACUUAGAAGACACUCAAAGAAAAGACAUCGACGUCAAAGUAGAACAACUACACGAACGCUGGAUGAAACUGAAGAGUAUGUUGGAGACUCGUAUGGAACUAGCUAGGAUAUACGUCAAAUUCCAUAUGGAGGCCGAUAUCGUCAACAAGGAAAUGGAUAAACUGGAUAAUAUGCUGGCCCAGAACAAAGACAAAAUAGAUGAGGAGACGAUGAAGAAGCUGGAAGAGAAGUUUGAGUCUAUUGUACCAUUGUAUCAAUGUGCCAAGAAUACUGGAAUCACCUUUAUCAAUCAAGCUAAAACGAUAUCCGAGCCUCAUCUCGACACCCAACGGGCCUGUCUAUGCGUGGAAUCCGUUCUUGAGAGACUGUCAGGAAGACAGUUAGUCGUUACGAGAAACUGGCAGACCUUCCACACCGAGGUGGUGGAGAAACGCGAACUCCUGGUGCGCCUCGAAUUAACCAUGGAGGAGUGCUCCAAGAUAAUUAGUUUGGCAACCAAACUCGAAAACAAGCUUUACCCCGUAAUAACGACGGACUCAACUAAACCCAAAGAAAUCGCAGACCACAUAGAACAAAAACUCAUCGCUCUUCUACCCGAGAUCCGAAAAGCUCAAGCCGAAGUCAACGAGAAGAUCAAAUCAAUAGAACAACUAAUCCAACAAACCCAAAACAAAGACGAAGCCAAUCUAGCUGUCAGGAACAAACUUCAUGAGAUUGGCCAGAAGCUUCAAGAUACCUCAUCAGAUUACCAAGUGUUGUCCCAAGUUUUAAUUGGGUACUUCAGGAACUUGGAAGAGAUUGACAAGAAGGUUGAAAUUUACAACGCCGAGUUAGAAAAAACUGGGUAUCCGAAAGAUGUUUCGUCUAUAGAUAGGGUGUUACAAGAACAUGAAUCUUGUAGACAAACCAUUGGAGAACGGUUGAGAUUUGCUCAAGCUGAGUGUGACCAAGUAGCAGAACGCAUUCAGAAGCAGGAACCAGAAAAGGCUGCACAGCACGACGUCAACAAGCUCAAGCACGUUUUAGAGCUUAAUAGAGCAGAAUUCGAAAACCAGUGGAGGCAAAGGCAAGACUCGCUAUUGGCCCAUCGGCAAAUUUCAUCAUUUGACAGCGACCUUAAGCAAAUUAAUGAUAGCAUCGAUGAUCUUGAUAAGCAAAUUAAGAAUCUCAAGGGUCAAUAUGGGGAAUCUACAUCUAGUGCUAAAUCGACGUCCCAAGCAUUUUCAUACUUGGAGGAAACUAUUAAGACUUUGGAACAACGCAUUCAGUCUUUCGUGAAAUCAGGAGAAAAACUAUUAGCUGAAAAUCACAGCGAGUCUCCCCACAUUCAAAGUGAAAUCUCGGCUCUUCAAGAUAAAUGGAACAACCUGAAAAACCAAGCGAAAACUUCAAGAAAUCUCCUGGAUGUCAGUAUUCACUACUACCAACUAGUAGAAGAGGCUGAUGAAUGGUUCAGAGAAGGCAGUAAGCUGUUGGUAACGAUCGCCAGAAAAUCAACAGCAGUUAAAACACCAGAAGAAGCUGAAGAGUUACUAAAUGAGGUCUCCAAGUUCUUAACACCCGGAGAAGAAAAGCAAAACGAAAGAAUUGAAAAAAUAUCCGAAUUGGCUGUCAAACUAUAUGGAGCUGACCAAUCAAAAUAUGCUCCCAUAUUAAAUGGAAACAAAGACAUGUUAGAAUCAUUUGAAUCAAUCAUCAAAGAGCUGAACACUUUGGCUGAAAAUCUGCGAAGUGCUGAAGAGGAUAGACAAAGAUUGGAAAAAGAAAAGAAGGAAGCCAAAGUUGCAGAAGAACAAAGGCAAAAAGCAGAAGCCAAACAGAAAGAAGAGGAGAGGUUGGCCGAUGAAGCUAGAAAAGCCGAGGAGGCAAGAUUGGCUGAAGAAAGAAGAAAGGCUGAAGAGGCUAGGCUUGCAGAAGAAGCCAGAUUGGCCAAGGAGAAAAUUAAGGCCGAAGAACUUAGAUUGGCGGAAGAGAAGAAAAAGAUAGAGCAAGCGCGCCAAGCUGAGGAAGCUAAACUGGCAGAAGAAAGACGGAAAGCUGAGGAAGCCAAGCUUGCUGAAGAAGCAAAACUUGCGGAAGAGAGGAAGAAAUUGGAAGCAGAAAAACAAAAGUUAGAGCAAGCCAAGCUUGAUGAUGAAGCUAGAAAAGCAGAGGAAGCCAAAUUAGCGCAGGCAAGGAAGGCUGAGGAAGCUAAAUUAGCCGAAGAAAAACGUAAACUGGAGGAAGUGCAAGCCAAACAAAGACAAGAGGCGGAACGACUAAGACUCGAAGAAGAAAGACAGAAUGCAGAGAAAAUAAAACUAGAACAGAAAAAACAUUCUUUAGAGAUAACAGAGAUAACCGAUAUUCAAAAAGUAGAAAUUCAGAAAUCUAAUAGAGGUGUACCAUCACCCAUACCGAUCGUAGAAGAUGCUAGUGAAGCACCCGUGUUUACAUCACCUCUAAGUGAUGCAGUUAUCCAAGAAGGCAACAAAUUCACUUUUAUUUGUCAAGUUACCGGACAUCCUACACCAGUGGUUCACUGGUACAAAGCUGGUAUAUCCAUACAAAAUAAUCCUGACUACAGAACAACGUUUGAAAACGGCCUGUGCUCUUUAACCAUCGAAGAGACCUUUGCUGAGGAUUCUGCAAGAUACACGUGUAGAGCUAGCAACUCUGCUGGUGAAGACGAAACUACUGCCGUACUUACUGUUAAAGAGAGUGAACCAGAAGACAUUUUGUCAGCUCCUUCGUUUCUCAAACCUCUUCAACCCAGCAGUGCCAAAGAGGGAUCGGCCUUCCAGUUCGAAUGCCAAGUGGAUGGAAAUCCUUUACCAACUGUGCAGUGGUUCAAGAAUGCUGAGUGUAUUGAUAAUUCUCCUGACUAUAGUAUCACUUAUAAUAAUGGAAAUGCAGUCUUGAGAUUUGAUAAAGUGAGAUUGGAGGAUAAGGCUGAGUAUAGCUGCAAAGCAUCCAACCAAAUGGGAACUGCUCAGAGUACAGCAAACCUCAUUGUCACACCCUCUGAACCAGCAGAAGCUCCUGUAUUUAUCACCCCAUUGUCUAAUGUCAUGGCGCGAGCCGGUCAAAAGAUAAAAUUGGAAUGUGAGGUUUCUGGAUUACCCCCUCCAACUUUGACGUGGUCCCACAACGGGAAAGCGGUCAAAGAAACACGUGAAAUUAAGUUCCAACAAGAGGGAAACAAGGCCACUUUACUAGUUUUGGAAGCCUUCCCGAAAGAUGCCGGCACCUACUCAGUAAGUGCCAAGAACAUCGCUGGAGAAGCAAAAAGUUCAAGCAGCGUUUCCGUCAAAGGACGACUUCCUAACGAAACAUCGGACUCUGAGCCAGCAAGCGAUAUGGAGCCAAUCAAACCGUCUAUUCAACUUCCUUUGACCAAUACGACAGCGAAAGAAGGAAGUAGGGUACGAUUGGAUUGUGUUAUAGUUGGACAACCUGAACCAGAAGUCAUCUGGUACCAUGAUGACCAACCUGUCAAAGAAUCCCAAGACUUCCAGCUGCUAUUCCAAGGAGACCGUUGCUCCCUCAUCAUCCAGGAAGUCCUGCCCGAAGACGACGGCGAGUACAAAGUCGUCGCUCGCAACUCCGCCGGGGAAGCCUCCAGCAACUGCGUCUUGAGCGUUACGCCAAUCGCGGAAUCGGACAACGAGAAAGCGCCAGAGGAAAAAACGGAGGCUGGAACAGCGCCAAAAUUCUCGAAAUUGUUGACCGACGUUUUGGUGUCCGAAGGGGAUAAAGUUAUUUUGGAAGGGAACGUAGUAGGGGAGCCGAGACCAGAGAUUAAAUGGUUGUUGAAUAAUUUGCCUAUCACCGAUCUCGAGCAUUUCAUUUUUGUUUAUGAUGACGAAGGAAAUGUAAGAUUGGAAAUUGAAAGCGUAAAACCAGAAGAUAAAGGCGUCUACACCGUCAAAGCUACGAACUCAGUUGGAGAAGCGAAAUGUUUCGCUCAACUAAUUGUCAAAUCGUUUAAACCGUCGGAAACUGUCCAACAUGAAGAACAGAAACAAGCUCCUGAUUUUAAAGAAGGCUUUGGAGAUAAGACCGUCUACGAAGACACAGCAUCCAAAUUCGAAUGCAUCGUUAUUGGAAGACCAACACCAAAAGUCAGAUGGUUAUUUAACGGGGAAAAUAUUUCAGGUAAAGACUUCCUGAUUUCUACCUCAGGAGACAGACAAGUGUUAUCAAUCCCCAACGCCAAGAAAGAACAUUCCGGCACAAUAACAUGUAUUGCGGAAAACGAAGUAGGUAAAGCAACUUGUGUAGCAAACCUACACGUGCAACCAGCCAGUUACGUGAUCAACGAAGAAAAUCAGAUGCAAAUUCAACCCUCUUUGCCUCUCACCACUGAGAAGUCACAACACACUGAAUCAUCUUAUAGGAUAACUAGGGAAGUAGUAACUCAAUCACAGACUUCUCAUAUGAGUAAAGUUAUAUCUUCAAAUUCUGAUGCUCUUCAACCACAUAUUGAAGAACAUAAAACAUUGUCUCAAAAAGCACAGACCUUUAAACAGAUCGGUCAAGAUGCCCCGCAAAUUCAGGAAUCUCAAAGAACUGAAGAGUAUCAUAAAAUCGGUGAUCAGCCACCAGUCUUCCAUGAAAAAUCGUCAACCACUUACACAGUGGGAGCACAAAGCGAGCAAAAGCAGAUUACUUCAAACUCGGAAUUGAUCCGAAGAUCCAGUCUACCAAAGGCUCGUCCUCCCAAGUUUGUUACUCCCAUCAUUGGCAAAAUUGUGGACCAAGACGUGGACGUUGUGUUGGAGGGUAUCCUGGACGGCCAACCUACGCCACAAGUAAAAUGGACCAAGAACGGUGAAGACCUUAAAGAAGAUAACAGAAUCAAAACUACGUGGGAACUAAACAGGACGUCAUUGGAGAUUAAAAACGUUACUGUCCAAGACGCGGGCAGAUAUUCUUGCACGGCUAUUAACGAUGGAGGAACUGCUGUUAGUACCGCUGACUUGGUAGUUAGAAAAACCAUCUUCCCACCAGUAUUCGGGCGCCGUCUCCAGGCUCAAGUGAUUAAGAAAGGAGAUCGUAUUAUCAUGGAAGUGGAAGUGACCGGAACACCAGAACCUACAGUCUCAUGGUAUAAAGAUGGCAACCUUAUAGACAAUUCCAUGAGCGAUGUAUACAAGGUGAAAUCUAUGGGUCAAGGUCACACUUUGACUAUUGAGAAAGCCGAAAUUAGCCAUUCUGGUAGAUUUAUGGUCAGAGCUGUCAAUUCCGGUGGAGAAGCUCAAAGUAUUGCAGAUAUUGCAGUCAUAGAACCUGCCCCGGACAGUAUGGUAGAAGUAGUCAAGACAGUAGUAUUCGAAGACAUAAAGAAACACGAAACAUUGGCCUCUGCAGCUGAUCAGAUUUCAUCGGUAGAAUCCAAGCAAGUUCCAGUUCCAUUAAAACUUACAUCCAGCGAAUUGUCACAAUCUUUGUCUCAAAAAUCUGAAGUUACCUCCACUACAGAACAAAUGCUGUCUCAAGAAAAACAUAUUAUAAAACUCGAGCAUAAAGUCCCAGAAAUUCCCAUGCCAAAACCUAUUGCCCAAAGAUCAUUGGACAGUACCUUUGAAAAACAAACAGAAUUUGAAAUUUGCCAUCCAGCCGGUCUACCUAAACAAGAAGAAAUACUACAAGAGAAAAAGGUUGACGUUCAGGAAGGAAUUGAAACUAGUUCCAUCUCAACCCAGUCAUCCUUGCAAUAUUUCGUUAAAAAGAUUAAAGAAGGAGAUGCUCCAGUUCAAGUGCAAAAGGAAAUCACUGCACCAGAACCAAUCAAACAAGACAUAUAUAAGAAGUUUGAGCCAAUAGACACUAAAUUACCUCCACCACUACCACCUAAACCAGAGCCUCUGCGACAAGAAUUCCAAUCAUUUAAAUCGUCUCAAACAUUUUCCCAGCCUCAACAACAAUAUCAAUCAUUUUCUUCAAGUCAGACGACACAAGAAUUUAAUCUUCAACCUGAACCACCAGCAGAAAUUUGCUUUGCUCCUAGUGGAGGUACAUACAAAACUCAAGAAGUAAGUGAGAGGAUUAGGAGAAUAUCAGAGAAUCAGAAAGACUUACCUCCACAUGAGGUACCUACUGGAGCAAUUAAAAUAUUCCCUUCAACACAAAAAGUCAGUGAACAGAAGAUGGAACAAUCGUAUCAAUCUUCAUAUCAAACGUCAUCUUCAUCUUACAGUAAGACAUUUGAAAGUAGCUCUUCUAAACCAGCGUUUCAAGAGCUUCCAUGGGUUACUGAAAGGCCAAAAUCGACUACUUCAAGCUAUACCUCUGAAAAGCAGUACAUCGGCAGACCGCUCUCUGUUCAGGGUGAACCUUCCCAGGAAGGAUUACAAAUGGAAAAACAAUGGGCUCAUAAGUUCUCUGAAACUCACCAAGAAAAAUCUUGGCCACCACCACAUGAAGAACUUAAAUAUCAACCAUCCUGGUCAGUCCAAAGUACUCUAGAAAAGAAAUGGACACCUGUUAACAGACCUCAAGAUCAGGGACCCAAACAGCAUUAUAUAGCAGAGGUAAAUAAUUUAGGCAGCAUUGUAGAUCAUCAAACGUCGCAAAGCAAGUCAGAAUAUAUUUUGGAAGAAAGUAACGUUAAACCCUCGAAGAUGAUUAAAUCUUGGCCACCAGCACCAACUGAAUCCAAACCUUUUUCAACGAUUGAUUCACUAUCUAUAAGACCAGUAUCAGUUCAGGACAUUACAGAUGAGGUGUACUUAGAACCUGGACCACCACCUGAAAUGGGGUAUGCUCCACCAUGCCAAACUAUAACACCUCAGCCUAAAGAAUGGGUUGCUCCACCUCCAAAAGAGGUACCUAAAGAGUGGGUAGCUCCACCUGCAAAAGAGCCGCCAAAAUGGGCUCCAUCGCCAAAACAAUGGGCUUCUCCAGCUCCUAAAGAAUGGGUUCCACCAUUGCCUCCAAAACAGGUAAUACCACUAGCUCCUCCUGUACCUGCGAAGCCUCUUAAGCAUGCCGAGCCAAAGAAAGUAUUGCUUAAUGAUUUCACGCCAUUUGAAAAAUUUCCUAAUUUAGAACCUUUUCCAUUUAAACCUGACCUGCAAAAACCUAAACGGCCCAAAACAGGCCCUCCCCCAACCCCUUCUAAAUUUAUUAAAGGUAGAUUUACCGAUAGUGAUUACGAAAGUGAUUUCGAAAAUGUACGAAUACCUCCGAAAUGGAAACCGAGUAUGAGCGACACCGAAGAACCUGCGUACCGUCGAGUUGCAGCUCCCAAAACUGUUCGAUUUUCAAGGUCGAGGUCCCAGGAACCUGAAGCGGUACCACCAUCCAAGUUCGAACAACCUCCACAGUUUGAAGGGCCUCCCAGACCUGAUGUUAAUAUUGAAGAAUUCCAGAAAUCGGUGCAAGUGAAGAAGUUGACCAAGCAUGCCCGAGAUUUAAAAAGAUCAGCUGUUCAACCUGCUCAACCAGAACAUGUGCCCAUUCCCGUCAAAAAACCAGACUCUCCUAAGUCAAAACAAAAAACAGUCAUUGAUGGUUACAUGGCUGAUACAGAGUAUACUAAAGAAGAGUAUAAAAAGUUUACGAAAACCACCGAACAUUCUGAAAGUCAGAAGAUCCAAAAGCAAAGGGUUUGUAAAGUUCCUGAUAAGAAGCCUGUUCAGAAGGAACUGGUCACAACUCCAAUCGUAACAAGCCAUACAUCACACAAGCUUUACGAACAACGAGAUAGACAUGUACAACUGGAGCCUUUUCCGUUCAAACCAGAACCAGAAAAGCCUAGGGCAAAAGUAGCUCCUCCACCAAGCCCAUCUAAAUUCAUAAAAGGUGAGUUCAGAGAAAGCGAUUAUGAGAGCGACUAUGAGAGAAGAGUCAACACCACAUGGAGCUCUAACCAAGAACCUCAAUACAAACCAGUACAUCCAGUUUUAACACCAACUAAACAGCAUGGUCAACAGUAUGGAAGAACCCCUACACCACCAACUGAGUUUGAACGUCCACAAGCCUUUGGUUCUUCCCGCCCCAAGUUUGAACCCAUUAAACCCGAGACUAAACCUAUUCCGAAACAUGUAGUUUAUAAACCUAAACCAAUGUCAGCUGCUCCUUCCGAUUACGUUGCUCAAAAGGGGUUGGUCCUUCAACCUGGUCCACCUCCAGAGUUUGGUUAUACGCAAGGUCCAACGAAAACCCAGUACUACAAGUCCACUGUAAGUGCCCCUUACACUAAUGCUAUUCAACAUGAAACGUCCAAUUUAGUCCAUUUUAACGAAUCUACUGAAAACUGUCACCGUACCAUGAGCGUUCAACAGACCCAUAAGGUGAUUAAAUUUGGUGACAAAUACAAGAAAGAAGGAAAACUGGAACCUUUUCCUUUCCAAGCAGGACCGGAGAAGCCUCGAAGAGCCACAAGUGUUCCUCCUCCACCAACUCCUACUAAAUUCAUACCAGGCGACUUUAGAGAAAGUGAUUAUGAAAGUGAGGUAGAGAGCAGUAGAAUCAAACAAAAAUGGACACCACAUGGUGCAGACGACAGAAAUCAAUACAGAAGAGUCAGAGCUCCUGCUAGCGCUAGAUCUUCGAGUGUUCCUGCUCCAAGAGAUAGAGUAUUGACCCCUAUGGAAUUCGAUAGUGGACCUGUAUCAUCAUCAACUAUUAGAACAGACUACGUUGAUGGUGAGACUAGAAAGCACGAAUCAAUUUACAGGAAGUUUACCGACAACAAGUCAACAAAUAAUCAAAUAGUUAAGAGAAGCUAUUCUCAUGAGCCUGCUCUACGGCCAGGGUCACCUCCAAAAUAUGGAUAUGCGUCUGAUCAAAGGAUCAUCAAGUCCACUGCGACCAAGGUCGCCUCGCAUCAUAUGGACAGCAUGACUAACGCUUUUAAAUCUAAAACACAACAGUUCGUUUCUGACAUUAUGGAUGACGUAAACAAACAAAAAUCUUCUUUCAAAAAUGGUACCGAUAGUGAUGCUCAGGUAUAUAGAGAGGAGUCUAGGGCUGCACAAUAUGGAACGAAGCACGUAGACCCCGACACAGGCCUUAUCUACUUCAAAUACGAUUUUGGCUACGAGUUCGGCAUCGUUCUUCCCGGCGAAGGUAAGCAAGGAGGAGUAGUCCCCACUCCCAAGAAGACCAUCAUAGAACCGCCCAGAAGAACCAGAGACAUAGAGAUGCCCGUCUAUCACGAAAAAACCAACUCCAGUACUAACAACCACUACCCCUCCCCCCAGUUUAAACCCAAACAGUUUCUGUCGGCUAACAAGUCUGGAAAGUGGGAGCCUACAUCGGAGAGCGAGAUGUCGGAUUACGAGAGGGACGCCAAAGGGCCGAAUCAUUUGCUACCAGGUUCGAGAUGGGAGCCCUCUUCGUGUAGUCCUGCAUCUCUGUCGCCUAGUUUACCUAGCACGUCUCCAGCUUUUAACAAUACUUUUGCAGGUGGAAGACAAACGCCACCUAGCUGUCCAAGCACCCCAGGAGGUCUACAAUCAAAAUUGAACCCUGCUCAAGCUCGUGCUCCAAUGUUCAUAACGCCACUACGAGACAUUGCAGUUGUCGCAGGCCAAGCUGCCAAGUUUGAAUGCAUCGUGCAGUCGGAACCGCAGCCAAACGUUUUGUGGUCUAAGAAUGGACGCAUUAUACAGAAUUCUAGAGACUACCAAUUGCAUUUUAGGAAUGGAGUUUGCCGCUUGACCAUUUCUCAAGCUUAUCCCGAGGACGCAGGAACCUUCACCUGUACCGCUACCAAUCCCAUCGGUACUGCUAACACAAGUGCAACUCUAGAAGUACCAGGAGUUCCUUCCCAUAUGUAUGGCACCUACAGACAAUUUACAACAGCGACUCGAAACUUAUCACCGGACAUGGAGUUUUAUAGAAGACCAGAAUCACCUGGUAGCUUACCUUUUCCCAUUGGUAAGUUUUCUGGGCUACCUUUUGAACUUGAAAAUUACAACUGAGAUAUAAUAUGAUUCUAUAUACUUUUACAAUUAAUAGUACUAAUAUGACAUGUGAUGUAUAUGACAUUUUUGUAUAUAGUUGUUUCUAUUACUAAUAAAAAUUUUUAAUUAAA